CAGCCAAGCCUCUCCUGCUCCUGGUGUGUUCCUUCCCGGCAGAAGCGCAGGCAAGCCAGCAUCCGGCAUCUCGAGAGGAGGAGAGAGGGGGGAAAAGUGGGAGGAGGUCCAGCGCAAAGAGAUUCAAAGGUCUUUGAAGGAUGAGCUCAGAACGAAGUGUUAUUUUCCCCCUGAUCAGCAUUGCACUGUGGUGGUGGAUGUGCUCAGCUACACCCCUGCCAGAGACUUCCGGGUACCCAGACUCCGUCCUCGGCAAUUUGGAAUUUGUGCUUAGGAUUAGGAAGGAUGUUGCUAAAACGAAGAAUGAUCUGCGUAAAGAAUUCAGGAUUGGCAGUGACAAUGAACUGCAACUGGUGCAGGAAAUCCUGCGCAUCGAGCAAGUUGAUUAUUCCCAUUGUCGGAAAGAGCUCUGUAACAAAGAAGAUUGCUUCAACCAGAUACAGGCAGGCCUCAGCACCUACCUGCACAGCCUCUCGCACGUUGCCCAGAUGCUGCCAAGUUUCUCUAAGAGAGUGACUGACCUCCAGCUGGACCUCUCAAACCUCUCCACCAACAUCCAGUGGCAGAUACUUGAGAGUGUGGCGACCACUGUCACCUACCCCCAGGGAGAAACCCUGGACCUGCAAAAUCAGAGAGCUAUCGGAAGCUAUCUUGUCAUCCGCAACCUUGAGAAAUUCACGGAAGCGAUUGCCCGGGCAUUGAGGCAUUGUUAUUCAUAAUGUGAAGGGAUUCUCCCGUAAGACCCUGGAGUAGAAGGGUCCUGUGCAUCCUUUUUCUGCCUGGACUCCUUCCCAACCUACAGAAUUCCAGCCUCCUAACUUUUUAUUAUUUAUUUAUUGUAUUUAUUGUAAAAAUUUAAAAGCCGCUUGUUAUCGUGCAAAAGCAAGAAAAACAAAAGGCACAAGAAUAUUUAGAGAAAGAAGCAGCAGGACACCAUACGCAUCAUUUUUAAGAAGUCACUUUGUGCUCAGUUUGAUGUUCUGCUGCUACCAGCAGGAAGUAACUCUUGUUAACUGAACUAAUCUUUCUUUUUUAUAAUCAAAAGUCAAGUACAGCACCAUAUUCUGAUGUCCCUCCAAAUUUAUUGGACAGCCUUCUCCAUGUUUGGGCAUUCAGCAUUUCUGUUUGUGCCAAACUAAAUUCGUUGGUUUUUUUUAAAAAAAACCUAGCCUUUUUAAGAUACUGAUGUAGGGCAUCUUUAGCAAUCGGGUGUUGUUGUUUUUAUCAAUGUUGACUUGAGACUCCUGCAGCAACUCCAUGGCUGAACUUUUGCUAUCCUCCAGAUGUUGGACUCCAGUUCCCAUCAGCCCCAGCUAGCAUGACCAAUGCUCAGGGAUGAUGGGAACUGGAGUCAACCCAAGACACUGGCUACUUCUGGAAUUGGCUCAUCUCAAGCAUUUUGUAGAAUUGCAAUUUUGGAUUCGACUUUUAAUAAAAUGUACUCUUCCUGCAAUGCCAACUUGACAUUUGUAUGGAAAGAUCUUGUUUGCUUUGCUGGAUUUCUAGUGAAAUAUCCUUAAGAGUCAAUUCCUACAACUGCGUGUUUUUAAUUUAUUGUGCUUAUUUAUUUUAAUUUUAAUUUAUUGUAUCUUAAAAACAAAUAAUGUUCUGCAUCUUAAAUUUUGCCCUCAGACCUUUAGUCAUUUCUCUGGUAUUAAGAGUAUUUAUUACUUAUUUAAUAUUUAUACCUGUCAGAUUAACUGUUUGAUAAGAACCUUUGUUUAUCAAAGGCAAGGGAGUUUCAGCAAGUUUUACGUGUGCAUCUUGCAACACUUACAACCUUGCUGUGGCACACAUGCCAAGAUGUAUGCAAUGUUAAAUCACUGUUUAAUAUUUAAACAUUAAGAGUACUGGCUGUUGGUAGUCGGACCAAACUGCAGGAGGGCGGGGGAACAACAGGAGUAUCUAGUUCCCACCUCUGGCAGUCUCCUGGGUACAUGCUGGGCUGUGCAUCUUCUUGUACUUGUUAUAGAUAAGUACCACUGAAUAUGAACCAUAAGCACACAUACCUAUUGUUGGAACAGCACCAGUAGAUAAUUCUGAAACUGCUACGAACAGUUGCUGUAUAAUCAGUGGAUCCCUGAUUUGACCAGAGGCUGCCAUCUAAAUUUCCCACAAUCCUCUUGUUGAGGGGAAUUGUGAGAAACUAAAAUGGCAGCUAGACUCGGCUGCCUGGUGAAUUGUGUAGUACUGGGCCGUAAAAUAAAGUUAACACAAACAUAUGUAUCAGCCCUGGCAGUUGCAUGAAGCAACCCGCUUCACCCUGUUGAAUGGUAGGGCUGGUCCUGCCUUUACACCACUGAUGGUGAACAUGUGGCCAGCUAUAGGCUGCUGGACUCCAGUUCCCAGCAACCCUAGCCAUGGUAGUCACUAGUCAGGGUUGCUGGGAGCUGUAAUCCAUCAAACCUCUCUGGAGAGCCAUAUGUUUCCCCACUCCUGCUUUAGACAGAGAGAUGUAUCUAGAAACCAAAGCAUUAAUUGCUCGUUUGCUAUCUGAUUUAUUCCUGUAACGUUUUAUGCUAGAGGAUGUUUUGUUGUUUUUACUGAGGUUUUUAAUAAAUGUUAACUUAUGAUUGUAAAUUCUGUUUGCUAUUUAAAUUGUUUUACACCAACGUAAAUCGAUCUGUGCAGAAUUCCAUUUCGUAUUUUGUUUAAAAUCGCUUUGCAGUUUGCUAGAGGUACGAUCCUGCUUGUAGAUUUUAGUCUACCACUGAUGCUAACUGUUCUUCAAAACUGAUGCUAACUGUCCUUCAAAACUGGACUGGAACUCUUGCUAGCUUCACAUUCUUCCAUUACAAGCCUCUGCAACAGAAGGCAGUUGGAAUGAUAUGACUUGUAAUUGUCAUGAGGUGAUAGAGAAAUAUCUGGAAUUUGGCUAAGAGCCUAAGCUCAGCUGAAGCAUUCCAAAGCAUUUGUUUUUAAAGCUGUUUAGGUUUUCUGUCGUAUCACUGCAGGAGUAGUUGUGCUUUUAUUGUAACUGUACACUGCUCUGAACACCCCACAUGAGUAGAAAAGGCAGGAUAUAAAUACCUAUUUAUUUGACCAUGACACUAAAUGGAAUGGACAUGGUACUUUUAAAUUGUAUUUUUAUUUUAAAAGGUGGAAAUAAUUGGCCACUGGGUCAUUGAUUAGUGCUUAAUAUUUCUAUCCAUGCUUCCAUUGUAAUACGAAUCGGGUUUUAAUUCUGCUACUACCGGUACUUCUUCCAAAAAUGAAUUUGAUUUAUUAUUAUGUGGUGUAUGCAAUUUC